AGUUAUUUUACGCAAAUGGUAAAAACUAAGUCUUACGUCUUUUAUUUUUCAGGGGAACAAGCCAAAGGUUUCUUUAUGCAAUCAGGACUUCCAACUGCUGUGUUAGGUCAGAUAUGGACUCUUGCUGAUAUGAACACCGAUGGGAAGAUGGACAAGAAGGAGUUUUCGAUAGCCAUGCAUCUCAUCAAGAAAAAACUACAGGGUUAUGAGCUACCCAAAACGCUCCCUGCUAGUCUAAAAGCUGACCCUUCUGUAAUGGUUAACUCUUAUGGAAUGGCUCAGAAUAUCAACCAACAGAUGACUAUGCCAAUGGCCAUGACAAGCGGUACAGCACCAUCUACAGGCUUUACCGCUCCUAUUAUACCAGUCGAUGCUCCUCAAGUUCGAUCAGGGUCAUUCUCAAUGAAUCAAAGCCCUGCUCCUUCACCAUGGGUGAUAACACCACAGAAAAAACAACAAUUUGUACAGAUGUUUGCAACACAGGAUCGAAACCAACAGGGUUAUAUCAUGGGUGUUGAUGCUCGCCCUUUGCUACUUAAUUCUGGUUUACCACAACCUAUUCUUGCUCAAAUUUGGAACCUGUCGGAUGUUGAUAGUGAUGGGAAGCUUUCUUGUGACGAAUUUUGCAUUGCCAUGCAUUUGAUUGAUGUUGCUCGUACUGGUCAACCUUUACCUGCCAAACUACCGCCUAGUCUGCACCCUUCUACUUCCAAUAGAGGAAGUCGCUCAAGUAGCCUCUCUGGACCGAGUGGUUCCCAGCCUGGCACACCAGGCCCACAAAAAGAUGUGUUUAGUGACCUGCUAGGACAUAUGGGAAUGUCUCAAUCUCCGACACCGACAAAUGGAGAAUCUAAAACUGAUGAGUUACCUGUCACAUUUGAAGACCGAAGGAAAGAGAAUUUUGAAAAAGGUCAAGCUGAGUUGGAGAGGCGCCGUGCAAUAUUACAGGAACAGUUGAAACGGGAGGUCUUCUUGUAUUCUUGUGACAGAUUGGAACAAGAACGAAAACGCCAGAUGGAGUUGGAGCGCCAACUUGAGAAACAGAGAGAAAUUGAGCGGGAGCGUGAAGAACAAAGACGGAAAAUGAUGGAACAAAGGGAGGAAGGUAAAAAAAGUGAACUUGCUCAGAAGAUCACCCAAGUUCGCAAUGGGGUCGCUGACUUCACAACGAGCAUUGAAAGGAUGCGUCAAUCCAGGGACUUGAAAUUAGCUGAUAUCGAGAGGUUUCAACUACAGUUGCAGGAUCUCAGUCAGAAGUAUUUAUUAUUACAGCAACAAAAAGAACAGCUCAAUUUGAAAGUUGAAACGGCUGGUUCAACACCAGCCUCUGAAAUGCAUCGAACCCUGUCGCAUGGAGUUGAAAUGAAGAAGAAUGCAAUCGAAAAAUUGACCAGGGAGCUGGAUGAAAUGGAGAAAGAAGCCAAAUUGAAACUUCUUGACAUUGAAAAUGCCACUGCAGAACUCAAUAAAUCUCCUUCCCCCCAUCAAUAUUUCUACAAGCCAAUGAAACACCUAGAAUAUCCACUCCUUUGGUUUAUUAUAUUAUCGUUUAUGAAAGUAAUCAUUAAACAUUUGUUCUUUUGUUUUCAAUAUUCUUUUGUUUUUUAUAUUUUCAGAAGUAGUUUAGAAGAACCAAUUCAAGAGAUUACUGAAGGUAAACAAGAGGGGUGGUUCAAUGCAGACUUCAGUUCUAUGGCUAACAAUACUCAAGAGAAGCAGCAACAAGCACAACAACAACAACAACAACAGCAGCAGCAACCACCACCACAACAACAACAACCGGUUAGCGAUAUAGGCUGGGAUGCAUUUGGCAACCAAUCAAACGAAACUAACAUUGAAGAUACGUGGGCAGCUGAUAUUACAACGGCAGCAGACAAAACCUCUGCUGCUGCUGCUACAACCACUACUACCACUACAACAACACCACCACCACCACCAUCUACAAUUACUACUACCACUACUACUGUGGCUGACUCUAGACAAUCUAGUGUUAAAAAGCAGUACAGAGCCCUUUAUCAGUUUGAGGCCAGAAACCAUGAUGAAUUGUCUUUGAUGCCUGGAGAUGUCAUCAUUGUAGCAUCAGCUGAAGAUGAAACUGUUCCUGGUUGGGUCAGUGGAGAACUUGAUGGGCGAAGUGGCUGGAUUCCCAAAGACUAUAUGGAAUACAUUGGUGAUAUUGAAGACACCGCUAAUUUUGCAAAUGGACAGCAACCAGCCACCACCAUUUCGGCAUCAGAGGAUUCUUCAUUCACUGCAGUACAAUCACGAGCAGUUAACAGCUCACCUACUCCUGGCCAGGGUUUGGCAGCUCCAGAAGGACUACAAGCUGUUGCCUUGUACCCAUGGAAGGCUAAGAAAGAGAACCACCUCACUUUCAACAAAGGUGACACCAUAAUUGUGAAAGAACAACAAGAUAUGUGGUGGUCUGGAGAACUCAAUGAUAAGGAGGGAUGGUUUCCUAAGUCAUAUGUGAAAUUAAUUGGCACCAGUGCUCCAAAGCCCAGAAAACGUUUGUCUUUGACUGCAACAAAGACACUUCUAAAGACGCAUGCAAUCAAACAACAACAACAUAACUUACAUAAGAUGAAUGCCAGCUCACAAAAUGAAAUGGCCAUUACAGAAGGCUCUACAGUGGAAGAAAACAAGUCAACUACUUCAGCAGAAAAGAAAGCUGAUAUGCCUGUUCAAUAUGUAGCGAUGUAUAAUUACGUUUCUGAUGAACCCUGUGAUUUAACCUUUAACCAAGGAGAUGUGAUUACUGUUGUGGCAAUGGAAGGUGACUGGUGGACUGGUACUAUUGGCGAUCGAUCUGGAAUAUUUCCUGCUAACUAUGUGAAGAAAAUGGAAGUUCAGGAAGAUUUCGGAGGUGUCCUAGAGACUGUUGCGACCACAAGUAUCAUGCCUGAAUUGGCUGUGGCCCCGGCUGGGGAUAGUACAACCAAUGAGAAAGCCACUGUGAUUGAUGACCAAAAUGACCUCUCUGUGCAACAGUCACAAACUCCACCCGUUGUUGAUGAUGGCAUGUUGUCUACCGGACAGAAACCGAGUAAGAAGCCAGAAAUUGCUUCCGUAAUUGCCAGUUAUACUGCGACUGGCCCUGAGCAACUGUCCCUGCAGCCAGGCCAGUUGAUACAGGUGCGCAAGAAGAGUCAAAGUGGCUGGUGGGAAGGUGAAUUGCAGGCCCGCGGUCAAAAAAGAAAGAUGGGUUGGUUUCCUGCAAAUUAUGUGAAACUGCUUGGCUCCUCUAGUGCACGAUCAACUCCUGAUCACCAUCCAGUUGAACAAGUUACUUGUAUGUACCCUUAUACAGCUCAGAAUUCCGAUGAGCUGACAUUCCAGAAAGAUGAUGUGAUCAAUGUUAUCAACAAAGAUGACCCCGAUUGGUGGAAAGGCGACCUAAAUGGAAUGAUUGGUGUAUUUCCAUCCAACUACGUCGCUGUCGCUAACUCUUCUGAAGAAAUUGUUUCAACUGGUCCUCCAUCACUUCAAGAGAAGCUGCGUCAAAGAGCCAUUCAAGAACUUAUUUCUACAGAAGAAUCAUAUAUGCAAGAUAUGUCUAUUGUGGAUCAGGUCUUUCGUAAACCACUUAAAGAAAACGGUGUCCUUAGUGAUGAAGAAGAUAAAAUAUUGUUUGUAAAUUGGCAGGACUUAAUCAUUUGUAACACCAAACUAAUAACUGCAAUGAGAGUGCGAAAGACUUGUGGGAAGAGUAAAUCCAUUCAAACAAUAGGAGACAUCCUGUGUGAAAAUCUGCCUCAUUUAUCACCUUACAUAAGAUUCUGCAGUUGCCAGUUAAAUGCAGGGUCUCUUUUGCAACGGAAAACAGAAGAUGUUCCAGAAUUUGUUGAAGUUCAUAAACAAUGUGUCACAGAUCCUCGAUGUCAAGGAAUGCCAUUAAGUAGUUUCCUUCUGAAACCCAUGCAGCGAAUAACUCGGUAUCCCCUUCUCCUUAAAAAGAUUUUGAAACACACCCCAGAAGAUCACCCUGACCAUUUGCAUCUGGUCGAUGCCUUAGCAAAAGCUGAAGAACUAUGUAGCCAAGUGAAUGAAGGAGUGCGAGAGAAGGAAAACUCCAACGAUCUAGAAUGGAUCCAGCAGAAUGUACUCUGUGAAGGUUUGGAUGAAAAAUUAACUUUUAAUUCUGUCACCAAUUGUCUGGGACCAAGAAAAUUCUUACACUCUGGUACUUUAUACAAGGCUAAGAGCAACAAGGAGCUGGUUGGUUUCCUCUUCAAUGAUUUCCUACUACUUGCACAACCGCAAGGAUCCAGUCGCAAUAGCUUUACCUUCAACAUCAAGUCAAAAGCACAGUUUCGUAUGUACAAAAUGCCUAUCUUUUUGAAUGAAGUGAUGUUGAAGACAGGGACAGAUGGAGAAUACGACACACCAUGUCACUUUCAGUUAUGCCACAUCAACCAAACUUACAAUUUGAAAGCAGGAAAUGCCAACGACAGAGAUGUAUGGGUGAAGAAAAUAGAGACAGCUUCAAGGUACUACUUGGAGACAGAGAGGAAAAAGAACGAGAAAGCAUAUCUGUCCAAACGGACUGGAGGAAUUGGACGUCUGCUGGUUGUCAUUUUAGAGGGCAUCAAUCUUGUGGCAUGUGACUUGAAUGGUAUGCUGAGCAUUUUGAAUUGGUCACAAACGAUUUCAAUCUUCAACAGUACCGUUGUUGUUGUUGUUAUUAUUAUUAUUAUUAUCAUUAUUAUUAUUAUCAUGAUUAUUAUUAUUGAAGGUGGUGAGGUGGCAGAAUCGUUAGCAUGCCGGGUGAAAUGCUUAGCGGUAUUUCAUCUGUCUUAACAUUCUGAGUUCAAAUACUGUAAAGGUUGACUUUGCCAUUCAUCCUUUUGGGGACGAUAGAUUAAGUACCAGUUGCAUACUGGGGUUGAUCUAAUUGACUGGCCACCUCCCCAAAAAUUUCGGGCCUUGUGCCUAGAGUAGAAAAAAUUAUUAUUAUUAUUAUUAUUGUUAUUAUUAUUAUUAUUAGGGUGUUGAGCUGGCAAAAUCAUUAGUGCGCUGGACGAAAUGCUUAGCGGUAUUUUGCCCAUCGUUACGUUUUGAGUUCAAAUUCUGCCGAGGUUGACUUUGCCCUUCAUCCUUUCAGGGUUGAUAAAAUAAGUACCAGUUGAACACUGGGGUCGAU